GCGGUCUGGGUUGAAAUUGCCGGGGUGGGAGGGGAGCCUGCGAGCGGGAUCCCGAGCCGCUGAGCGCGCUGGCCACGGCUCCGCCGCCGAUGACUCGGGAGCUCGGGUCCAAGCGCCGCCCAUGCAGCAUCACUGCGCUCCACCGACCCAGAGUUGAUGAAAAAACACUUACCCGUCUUCGCAGCGGGGAGCCAUGAGCUGUCUGGAUGUUAUGUACCAAGUCUACGGUCCUCCCCAGCCUUACUUUGCAGCCGCCUACACCCCCUACCACCAGAAACUAGCCUAUUACUCCAAAAUGCAGGAAGCCCAAGAGUGCACCGCCAGCCCCAGCAACAGCACGGGCAGUGGCAGCUCCUCCUUUUCCAGCCAAACUCCAGCCAGUAUCAAAGAGGAAGAAGGCAGCCCAGAGAAAGAGCGCCCACCUGAGGCCGAGUACAUCAACUCCCGCUGCGUCCUCUUCACCUAUUUCCAGGGGGACAUCAGCUCUGUGGUGGACGAGCACUUCAGUAGGGCCCUGAGCCAGCCUAGCAGCUAUUCCCCGAGCUGUACAAGCAGCAAAGCACCCAGGAGCUCCGGGCCCUGGCGGGACGGCUCCUUCCCGAUGAGCCAGCGCAGCUUCCCCGCCUCCUUCUGGAACAGCGCGUAUCAGGCACCGGUGCCCGCGCCGCUGGGCAGCCCGCUGGCCGCCGCGCACUCGGAGCUGCCGUUCGCCGCCGCAGACCCCUACUCACCGGCCGCGCUGCACAGUCAUCUGCACCAGGGUGCGGCCGAGCCCUGGCACCACGCGCAUCCACACCACGCGCACCCGCACCCGCACCACCCGUACGCGCUGGGCAGCGCUCUCAGCGCCCAGGCUGCCGCCUACCCGCGGCCCGCCGCGGUGCACGAGGUCUACGCGCCUCACUUCGACCCGCGCUACGGGCCGCUGCUGAUGCCCGCAGCCUCAGGGCGCCCGGCCCGCCUCGCGCCCGCCCCGGCGCCGGCGCCCGGCAGCCCGCCCUGCGAGCUCUCCGCCAAGGGCGAGCCGACCGGCGCCGCGUGGGCCGCGCCCGGAGGACCUUUCGCCAGCCCCGCGGGGGACGUGGCCCAGGGUCUGGGACUCAGCGUGGACUCAGCUCGUCGUUAUUCCCUCUGUGGCACAUCCCUCCUGAGCUGAUCUGAUGGCCCCGGGUUUCCCCUUCCCUUUCCCUUCUGACCAGCCACGGAGGUUCAGCAUCUGGGCCUCCUACUUCAUGGAUGAGGAUGUGGGGGAAGGCAGAGACUUCAGACAUCUCCACGUGUUGGGAAAACCAAAACAUGCAUCUUCAGAAACUUUGUCUAACUCGAUUCCUUCUGCGGAAAGAGCAGAUCCAAAGACUCUGACUCAUAUUUAAUGACUUUGGGGCAAAUCACUGGAAAUACCUGUGGUGAACUCACUUAGGUGAUAUGUUGUCUUAAGUUUUCUUGGAAAGAGGAGAAAAAAAGAGACUUUCUGGUGUGAAUAUUUUCUAUGCUGAUGUGAAUUAUGUCAUUAAGUAGUGUGACCAUCGCUCUCCUGAUGUCUGUAUCCUCACAUUUAAAAUGUAUUUGUAUUUGCAUUGAAGACUGUGGUAGAGAAGUAAAAGAGGCCAAUCCCUUCUUCCUCACCUCAAGGCCUCCAGCUCCCUUUGUGCCCACUCUCUCUCUGCAACACCCACUCCAGACACAAAAAGACACACUCUUUUCCUUUGGACUGUGAACAUGGAAGCCUCAGCCUAAAUGUGAGUGGCAAGUGGCUUAUCUGGAGCCAUCUGCCCAAGUCUUACUGAAAUGCAGCUGUUGUAGGACAACUGUUGAAAACUCCAGAAAUACAUCGACCAAGGUGGCACUUCCCAGUGUUUGGCACAACAAUUGCAAUUGCACUGGAUCUAUUUUGUGUGUGUGUGUGUGUGUGUGUGUGUGUGUGUGUGUCAUAUUUUUUAUGGGGAACAUUUUACGAUGAAAGAAGAAACCUUUCUCUGCCUUCUCUCCUACAAAUUCCAUCUCUCCUUUCAUCCUCCUCUGGAUGGGGGCGGGUGGGAGCCAGAGAAGCAGCAAGAAACCCAAACUGUCUCCAUGAAGAAGAACCAAAAAUCAACAUAAGGGAAAGAAAUGUCCACAGAGUCUCUAAUACCUCAUAUAUUCCUCUCAGUCUCUGUGGUUACCAUUUGGUCACUUUUGUUUUGGCACAGGGGAAGGCGUCUGUGCGUGGGCAAAGCUGAAGGUGAUGAGGAAGAAGAAAUGAACAGUAAAGAUGUCUCUUUACUACAGGGUCGCUGUGUUAUUAUUUCAUGAAAAGAAAAUAAAUGUCUUAGUCUUUCUUGAGUAGAAUAAAAUAAUUU